GAGAGACAAUAGGUUUAGAAUGGAUAUGGAAUGCAUAGCAGCCAUAUAACAGGACAGUGUUGGGUUGAAGGUAGUAUUCAGUUGGGGGUUUUGCAGCUUUACCCAUAGUGUAUAUGCAGAGAGCAAGUCUGUAAGCAAAUGGAUGUUAAGGAUAGACAUUUUAACAAACUAAUUGUGUUAUCCACUUUAAACCAUGAUGUCAUGUUUUUUUUGUUUGAAAACAGAUUAAGCUUGUUUCCACUAAUGCACUAAUAAAAUAUUUUAUAAAACUUUUUUUUUUAUUAUUUCUCUUGUAACAGGGGCAAAGAUUAAAUACUAUCUAGACUACAACUCCCAGCAUGCAGUGGUGUAGGUGGGUUGAAAGCCGGAGGAAGCAGUCUUACCUGCUCAGACAGUUAUUGGCCAACUAUGCAGUCCACAGGUCCCGGGGCCGAAGAGGCCUUUGACUAUCUUUUUAAGAUCAUCCUGAUUGGGGACUCGAAUGUUGGCAAGACCUGCGUUGUCCAGCGUUUCAAAUUGGGCAAUUACAUGGAAAGGCAGCAGAACACCAUCGGAGUGGACUUCACUGUUCGAACCCUGGAAGUUGAGGGCAAGAAGGUAAAGAUGCAGGUCUGGGACACAGCCGGGCAGGAGCGUUUUCGCACCAUCACGCAGAGUUACUACCGCAGUGCGCACGGGGCCAUUAUCGCCUAUGACAUCACGCGCCGUUCAACCUUUGACUCUGUGCCAGACUGGAUCCAUGAGGUGGAGAAGUACGGAGCUGCCAGUGUGGUUCUUUUACUAAUAGGGAACAAGUCGGACCUGGCUGGGGCACGGCAGGUGCUGUUUGAGGAUGCCUGCACACUGGCAGAGCAAAACGGGCUUCUGGCCACACUGGAGACCUCAGCCAAGGAAGCCCAGAACAUCGACGAAGCCUUCCUGCUCAUGGCCCGUGAGCUCAUGGUGAGGAACGGACUGCACUUCCAGAGUGAGGGCCCCCAGAUCAGCCUGUGCAUGGACUCCCAGCCCGUCUGCGCCCCUCCUGAAGAAAAGAAAAGCUGCACCUGCUGAGAACAUCAACACGCAAAAGUGAAACUGAAAUCACUACAUAACACACCAUAAGCAGGCCACUAGACAUGUGUCCCGAUGGUCAUCUAGUUUGGAUGGUUUAAAAUAAAAUCAUAAUUAUUUAUAGAUUUAAGGAAAUUGAUAUGGUGGACCAUGCGUUCAUACCAACAGUCCAGCAUUCAAGAACCGCAUAGUGGACAACUAGUGUUGCAACGUGUAAGACAUGAUGUACCCCCCAUCAUUGCUACACUAUGGAUCAUUUAUUCUCUCUUACUCAACAACUGAAUGAUGACCCUCCAUACAUACAGCCUGCUUUAGAUCUUGUAGAGCCUGCUUGGGAACAGGAUGACCAUGACCCUGCCUUUGAUUCUGUAGUUGAGGAACAUGCUGAAGGUGUCUGUCAGUUGGAAAUUAAGUGAAGACCCCCAGGGGUGAUUUAUCAACCCACUUAUUAACAUUUCUACACACAAUAAAUUUGAUGUCAGUGAUAUUAAGAUCCACCAUGGUUUAGACAAUAAAAUAAACCCUAUUAUCUUACAAUGCAAAUGCAGUUUAUACAGACAAGUGCUUUGCUAUUGCAAGCUGGUGUAUAGCUGUGGCCAAAAGUUUUGCAUCACCUAGAAUUUUAGGAUUCAGACAUAAUAAAAUAAAUGUAAAACUAUAUGAACAGAAUUUAGAUUGUUUAUUCAACAUCAUGUUAUUAAAGAAAUUACAAAAUGAUAUCACAAAAGUCUACUGGAAGCCAUAUUGUGUUUCUUUUAAAAGAGACCUAUGUAGCUAUUGGGAGUGCAAAAAGAUUUAUGGAAUUAUUUGCUAGCUACAAUUAUUUAUAAAUGAACUCAUUAGUUAUAGCGUUGUGAAUAGAGCUCACUAUGUGAUAUUUAUGAAACUGUUAAUAGAAUGUUGUUUGCUUGUUUUUCAAUAUAUAAUACUUUCAGGGGCCAAACUUUAAUGAAUUCAUUAAAUCAGAUUAUUUUAGA